CUCCCAACCCACAAACAAUUAACCAAAAACUUUCCUGUCUCCAAUAACAAUUCCAGUGACGGUAGUUAUGAGGAUGGAUAGAAUUGUGCUGCUUACAGUUGUUACUGCGGCUGCUUUUUGGGGAGGAGCUGUAGCACAAUCCAGUUCCGAUUGCAGCAGUGCUCUUUUUAAUCUUUCUCCAUGCCUGAACUACACCACCGGAAAUUCAUCAACCCCUUCUAAGCCUUGCUGCACGAAUCUGGCUAGCGUCGUGGGGUCACAGCCGCUGUGCCUGUGCCAGGUUCUUAACGGCAACGCUGCCUCAUCUCUGGGAGUCAGUAUUAACCAGACUCUGGCCUUGGGGCUCCCAACAGCCUGCAAUAUCCAGACUCCCUCCGCCAGCAACUGCAACGCUCCAACUGGGUCUCCCUCAGGAUCUAAUCCAGUGUCAUCAUCAACAAACAAAUUAGAUGGAAACAACAUCAAGAUGACAUUUUCUGUGCUCUUCUUCUUCAUCUUUGUUGCGUUGCGUGACUCCAGCCUUAUUGCCAUCUGAGGAGCUCUAUAUCUCGUUUCCAUGAGUCAUGGACCUUCUGCUACCAUUAUAGAAGAAUACAGAACCACUACAAUCUUGAGUAUUCUUUUCCCUUGUUUCUCUCUUACAGUUUCCCUAGACGUUAAUUUAUUGGGGGAUCAAUUUUUCUGGGUUUGUACUAGUUUUUUCUCCACGGUUGUAAUAAAAACGAUCACUGGUUCCUGGUCAAAUUCUCAAAUAAUAGCUUAGUCGUUCCAAUUGAUAAGGGUCAGGCAUCAGUCGAACUUGGACAUCCAACUAAACUCAGGUUGGCUGGGACCACUUAACUACCUGUAUGCCUAAAUCUCCAACUCGAAUUUUUUCAUCUUUCAUUGAAAGAAAUUAUUGUAAAACUACUCAAAACUUAUUUGGUCUGAAGUGAGGAUGUGAUGGAGAUGAUUU